UUAUAAAAAGCACCGUCCUAUCUCAAAUAGUUUGGUAUUGAGAUAUGUGUAUAACUACCCGUUGCGGGUAGGAUGCGCCGACGAGGAGACGAGUCAAGCGAUAAAAUAAACAAUGAUACAAUUGUCUCCACUCUCUAGUCGAUCAAAAGAAAAAAGCUUUAUAUUUUGAUAUGGUGGUCUUUCUGUAAGGUCCAUUGGUGUCUCCGUCAAGAAAAAUGAGCAAGUCCUCCUCCAAGCCUAAGCAUAAAAGCAAGACCAAGAGCAAAAGCACAACCAGCAGCAAGGGCCCUCCACUUUUCUCCGACUUUGGUCACAAAGCUAAAGACUUGCUUACAGCGGGAUAUUCCAAGGGCCAGAGGUUCACCUUCGCAUCCCACAUUGAUGGCGGAGUGAACCUUACAUGUUCAACCUCCGCGAAGAUUGGAGGACGAUCAACUGCAGCUGUUGCAGGAUCGUACACAUACAAGAAUGCCACCUUCAACUGCCGAAUUGAUACGGAUUCAAAAGUUGCUGGAACAUUAAGUACGAAGUUUUUGUCAAGCACAAAGACUUCAGCUUCAUUCAGCUUGCCGGAGUACAAGUCUAGCAAGCUCGGGUUUCAAACACGCCAAGAAUAUGGUGCCGCAGCUGUGUCUGUUUCUCUGUGCCAGUCUCCCACAAUCAACCUUUCAGCAACCGUCGGUAGUGCAAGCAUUGUCAUCGGUAUGGAGGCAGAAUACAAGACUGCUUCCAGCACUUUCUCCAAAUGUAAUGCAGGCAUUAGCAUGAAGAGUCUCAAUUCUGAUGCUUCAAUAAUUCUGGGAAACAAGGGUGGCUUGAUAACAGCAUCGUACGUUCAUUAUCGUGGUCAAGAAAAGAAGAAUGCAGCAGUGGUAGAGUUCACUCAGAACCUCUCAACAAAGAACACCACCUUGACAGUUGGAGGAUCGUGCAUGGUUGAUCAUCAGACAGUGGUGAAAGCUAGACUCGACGGUCGCGGAGAUUUUAAGACUGUCCUGCAGUACAGUAUUAGACCAAAGUCGUGCUUGUCUAUCUCAGGCGAGUUCAACACCAAGGCACUUGACAAGAUUCCUAAAAUUGGACUGGCACUUUCUCUUGCUCCUUAAACGAUUUCGCAAUAUUUAUAUGCAACUGAUGCAAUUCUUAGAUAGAUGUUUCUACU